AUGUACUCCAAGACCACAGACCACUCCAGACCAUCCCACCAGACCCCUCUAUUCUACCCCAGAUCACCCCAGACCACCCAAGACCACCCUAGACCACCCCAGACCACACCAGACCACCAUCCUAUUCUACCCCAGACCACCCCGGACCACCCCAGACCAUCCCAGACCAUCCCAGACCAUCCCACCCAGACCCCUCUUUUCUACCCCAGACCACCCCUGACCACCCCACACCAUCCCAGACCACCCCAGACCAUCCCACACCACCCCAGACCACCCCAGACCGUCCAAGGCCACCACAGACCAUCCCACACCAUCCCACACCACCUAGACCAUCCUAGACCGUCCAAGACCACCCCAGACCACCCAAGACCAUCCCAGACCAUCCCACCUAGACCCCUCUUUUCUACACCUCACCAUCCCAGACCACCCCCAGACCAUCCCACACCACCCCAGACCACUCCACACCACUCCAGACAGCACCAGACCAUCCCAGACCAUUCCAGAUCACCCUUGACCACCCUUGACAACCCUAAACCAUAA